CCCAACACACACAUCAUUAAAACCCAAAGGCACACAGAAGUCGUUCUUUUCUCCUGUCCCUCAAACAAACACAGAGCUCUUUAAGGUUCAGUAGCUCAAAGGUUUUCCCUGCUGAUACAGCAACAUACACAUAUAUUCACAUCAUACUCGCAAAAACCAGUCAUUGAAGACAAGGAUCAAAGAUCAGCGCACACACUCCUUCUGUUAGUAGGCAGAAGGUUGUGGGUAAAGAUGCCAUGCAUAAUGCAUCUCCUCGCGGCCGUUUCUCUGAUUUUGAGUUUAAGUUCGGCAAACGCAGAAUCAACCGUGUAUAACCUGCUAACUUCACCGGACUGUCUGCCAGAUCUACUGCACGGAGGUUUGGCAGAGCAGGGAGUAACAGAACUCUUUAUUCUUGCAACGUUUCGUCUCCAGCCUCGAACCGGAAGCACCGUAUUUACUCUGUAUAACCCGCAAGACAACAGCAAGUACUUUGAGUUUACAGUAAUGGGAAAACUCAAUAAAGCUAGCUUACGAUACCUCCGCCGAGAUGGCAGGAUGGGUACUGUCACCUUUAACAAUCUCAAACUGGCUGACGGGGAAAAGCAUCGCUUGCUUUUCCAUCUGAAGGGACUGGAAGUAGGCGGUCCGAAGGCGUUUCCGCAGGGCCAGGGGGUGAUACCUGUGCCCGGUGUGGAGCUACAUGUAGACUGCAGGCUGGUGGAGACCCUGAGAGAUUUACCCGCUGUGUUCAACGGUCUAAACAAUCACCAGGGAGUUGAACUCAAAACGAUGCAGGGGAAAGCGCAAGAGGAGUUGGAGGAGCUCAAACUGGCAUUCGGUGAUACGAUGGAAAAUGUUGCAUCACUUCAGGACUGCCACACUCAUCAGAGUGACUCCGUACAGACUUUAGGGCUAAACACUAAACAGCUCACUACACAGAUGCUGGAGCUGACGAAGGUCAUUAAUGAGCUAAAAGAUGUUCUCAUUCAGCAGGUAAAGGAAACCUCUUUCCUCAGAAACACCAUCUCUGAGUGCCAGGCCUGUGGACUGGGCGGAUCGGAGGUGGUAAAGCCAAAGUGUACUCCUGGAGUGUGUUUCCGUGACGAUAUGUGCAUAGAAACAGAGGAUGGGCUGGAGUGUGGACCGUGCCCUGAUGGAUACACAGGGGAUGGAUACAGCUGUGAUGAUGUUAAUGAGUGCCAGUUUAACCCGUGUUUCCCGGGCGUGAGGUGUGUAAACAUGGCUCCAGGGUUUCGCUGUGAAGCCUGCCCACUUGGAUUCACUGGCAAACCCGUGGAGGGUGUGGGCGUGGCCUUUGCACAAACGCACAAGCAGGUGUGUGAUGAUAUCGACGAGUGUAAAGGUCCAGAUAAUGGAGGCUGCACUGCCGAUUCCAUCUGUGUGAACUCUGUGGGAUCAUAUCAAUGUGGCAGAUGUAAGACCGGCUUCACAGGUGACCAGAUCCGAGGUUGUAAGCCAGAGAAAAGCUGUGGAAACCGGCUGCACAACCCCUGCGACCCCAACGCUCAGUGCACAGAGGAGAGAGAUGGAACCAUCACUUGUCAGUGUGGCAUUGGGUGGGCUGGAAAUGGUUUUCUCUGCGGAAAAGACACAGACAUCGAUGGCUACCCCGACGAGAAGCUUCGCUGCAGAGACCCCAAUUGCAGAAAGGAUAACUGUGUCACCGUUCCAAACUCGGGACAAGAGGACGCAGACAGCGAUGGGAAAGGUGACGCAUGUGACCCAGAUGCAGAUGGCGAUGGAAUUCUCAACGAGCAGGACAACUGCUGGUUGACCCCGAAUAUAAAUCAGCUGAACAGUGAUAAAGACAGUCACGGCGACGCAUGCGACAACUGUGUCCGAGUGGAUAACCCAGAUCAAAGAGACACAGAUUCAGAUGGCCUCGGAGACGCAUGUGACGAUGACAUGGAUGGAGAUGGGAUAAGAAACAUUCUGGAUAACUGCCAGCGGGUGAAAAAUCGUGAUCAACUGGAUCGUGAUGGGGAUGGGGUGGGAGAUGCAUGUGACAGCUGUCCUGAUAUCCCAAAUCCAAACCAGUCUGAUAUUGACCAUGAUCUCGUUGGAGACUCCUGUGACACAAAUCAAGACAGUGAUGGUGAUGGUCAUCAAGACAGCAAGGACAACUGCCCACUGGUUAUAAACAGCUCCCAGUUAGACACAGAUAAAGACGGACUGGGAGAUGAGUGUGAUGACGAUGAUGAUAAUGACGGUAUUCCUGACUCAAUUCCUCCCGGACCUGAUAACUGUCGGCUGGUGCCCAAUCCUGACCAGAUGGAUGACAACAAUGAUGGGGUGGGUGACAUAUGCGAGUCAGACUUCGACCAGGACAAAGUGAUUGACAGAAUUGAUAACUGCCCGGAAAACGCAGAGAUCACCCUGACAGACUUCAGAGCCUAUCAGACCGUCGUACUGGACCCAGAAGGUGAUGCCCAGAUUGACCCCAACUGGGUGGUUCUGAAUCAGGGAAUGGAGAUUGUCCAGACCAUGAACAGUGACCCCGGCCUGGCUGUCGGCUACACUGCGUUCAGCGGCGUUGACUUCGAGGGUACGUUCCAUGUGAAUACGGUGACUGAUGACGACUACGCCGGCUUUAUCUUCGGAUACCAGGAUUCCUCUAGUUUUUAUGUCGUGAUGUGGAAACAAACUGAGCAGACGUAUUGGCAGGCCACGCCCUUCAGAGCCGUGGCCGAACCUGGCAUUCAGCUAAAGGCAGUGAAAUCUAAAUCUGGACCAGGUGAGCAUUUGAGAAACUCUCUUUGGCACACCGGUGACACUAAUGAUCAGGUGCGUCUGCUGUGGAAGGAUCCACGGAAUGUCGGCUGGAAAGAUAAAGUGUCAUACCGCUGGUAUCUGCAGCACCGCCCCCAGGUCGGAUACAUCAGGGUGCGUUUCUAUGAGGGCUCCGACCUGGUGGCAGACUCUGGGGUGACAAUUGAUACCACAAUGAGAGGUGGAAGACUGGGUGUCUUCUGCUUCUCUCAGGAAAACAUCAUCUGGUCCAACCUAAAGUAUCGCUGCAAUGACACCAUUCCAGAGGAUUUCCAGGAGUUCAGCACACAUCACGGCGUGGACCCGCUGUAAAUAACUCCAAUAUCAGUAUACACACUUGAGUGUGUGUGAGUAUAUAUACUCGCACCAUUACGCACAUUCUUGUGUGCUUCUGAAAACACAGCUUUGCACAAUGUGUGUGUAUAAUUGGGAUAUGUGUAUACACAAUGUGUAUGCCUUUUUUAUCCACUCCUUUUUUUACUCUAGCGUUUAAAAAUCCUCAUGCAAAUAAACUAGUUCAUGUAACAUUUAGAUAAAAGAUGGAUAGUAUCUUCUGUUUUUUAACACAAUUGCCUAGAAUGAAGGUAGUUCUGCAUCAAAUCCAUUGUUAAGACAAUAUUUACAAAAAGGUUCAAACAUGUAAAAAGGAAACAUGUACACCUGGUGUCUCACAUGCCGUUUGACAAUAAAAAUAAGAUUGUGAUUAGAGUUGAGCCGGAUACUCGGCUGAAACGAGUAUCCGGUACGGAUAAAGCACUUUUGCCGAGUACGAGUAUCAUACGAGUAAUUACAAGUCAAUAUCUGUGGUCGGAUUGAAUAAAAAUACUCAUUCUGUU